AUGCAGAAAUUAAAAGAAUAAUGUUAAGAAGCAUUAUAAUUCUCUUCAGAUUGUAAAUUAUGUAUGUUAUCAUUUUAGUGUAAUAACAACUCAUCCAAAUGAAAAAGGAUCUGCUUGAGAAGACAUAAUAAAUUGUCAAAUUGUAAACUUCAAUUUCGAUGAUUGAUUGCGAUGCUUCAGAUAUACAAGACCUAUUUUGGAAUGUUCAAAAAUAAACAUUGCUUAUAAAGUAAACAGUUAGAGAAGCAGAAAAAAAUCCAGACAACUAAUAAAUUAUUCAAAAGCAAUUUGAAGAGCUUCAAGAGAAAAUUAUAAAUCUUGAAGAGCUAGUCUUCAAUUACCUUUUCAAUAAUAAAAUGAAUCUGAAGAAGAACAACAAAAAAAAAAGUGAUUAGAAUAAAGAAAACAACGAAGAUAACGUCAAUCAAAAAGAAGUUCAAAAUAAGAAGAAGUAAUAUGUCAGUACUAUAAAAAAAACUUAAAAUCCCUUUAAUAGUAAUUUCAUCAAUGAGGAAUCAGAUGAAGAUGAUAAACAGCAAUUAAAGAAACGUAGGAAAAGAUUAAGAAGCAAUAUUGCCAUAGACCAAUCGAAUAACCUCAUUAAUGAUAUGUUUAAUUUUAAUUGA